AUGAGUAAGAAAAAUACGGUUUCAUCUGAUGUCAACAUAGUCAAAAAUGAUGCGGUUCCUCAACAUCCAGGAAUUGAACAUUUUUUAAAUUUGAAUACAAUUCUUCAUUCAUUAGUUGAUUUUAUUCGACCUGAAACCUACAUCGCCCAAGACGAAUUACAAGCAUACAAUGAACGUAAAGAUAAAUUUCUUCGGGAAUCAACAUCAAAACGUAAUAAACAACAACAAAAAGGCAAAGGACCAACUUCUACAUCAUCAUUUGAUGUAGCCGGUGUUGAAUCGAUCAGAACAACAUCAGGAAUCUAUCGAUUUCUAGCUCAUCAUGAUAAAAAUAACUCAUCAACUGCUAACAAUAAGAAAAAGUCAAGCACUCCAGUCAGCCGUGAGGAAUUAUUAAAAAAACUUCACGAUAAAAUGCCUCAUCGUCAACAACAAGCAGAGAAUGGAGUUGAAGAAAAUGGCAAACGUAAACGAACAAAAGAUAAAUCAGCCGAGCGUACAAAACGACCUCGAUCAACUACAAAAGAAUGGAUAGCACCUUCUUCAAACGAUAAUGAAGAAUCGAAACCAUCAACUAAAACUCCACCAAUUGUUCCAAAUCAAAUAACAUUUGGUCGAUUUGAAUUUAAGACUGAAGAUUCAGUUGAUACAAGUUCGAAAAAGAAAAAAACUAAAAAAUUCCAAAAUAAAAAACAACAAUUAAUUAGUACAUUGAAAAAAGUUGAAUCCGAACAAGAUGAAAUCAAUCGUUUAAAAGAAGAAAAUCCUGAAGAAGGGAAAGAAAUUUUACGUUCAAAAAAUUGGAAAACAGCAUUAGCAAAGGCCAAAGGUGAAAAAAUUCGUGAUAAUGUUCAAUUAUUACGAAAAUCAAUUAAAAAACAAAGCAAACUUCGUGAACGAUCAGCUAAAAAAUGGCAAAGGAAUAAAUCUGAAACCAAUAAACGUGUGAAAGAAAAACAAGAAAAACGUCAAACGAAUUUACAAAAGAGAAAAGAUGAUAAAAAAUCGAAAAUAAAAAAGAGAUUAAUUAAAAAAGGCCGUUUAAUUAGUUAA